AUGCAGCAAAGCGGCUUUUUCGGUGCCAAGUCCUCUGGUGGUCCACCGAGCUCAGUCGCCCUUUCAAGGGUGGGCAGCCGACUGGUAGCGUGUGGCGCCCGUAGCCCACAGCAAAGUCCUUCAGCUUCCUUCGCACGCAGUGGCCUGCUGGGAGGCAGCAAUUUAUCUACUCCUGCUCAGCAGCCUCCCCAGCGAAGCACGUCGACCUCGACAGGACUAAACUUCGAUGCCGUUCAAACGUCCCUGGUGGCAAAGUCGAUGAGAGGGGGGGGGUUUUCGCCCACCUCGAAGGACGAGAAGGUGCGCAGCAGCCAGUCGCUAGGGAGCGCUCACAAGUCAAAAGGAUCGUCAGCCUUCGGGCCAGCCGUAUGUAAGCGUAUGCUUGAUUCCUUGAGUGCUUCACAAGCUACAUCUCCCAGUCCAGAGGCUGAGCCAUCCCCUUCUGGGCAGCAAAAACUACAAACGCAACAGACUAUGGGACGCACAGAGGCUGUUGAGCUUAGGAAGUUCGGGACGCAGUGGGCGGACGCUCCAGAGGACCUUGAGGAGAAGACGCUUUUGCUUGCGGCUGACGGCAGCGCAGACGACGACCAGUACGCCGAACCCGCUCCUUUGAGCGAGGAGGAAGAAACCACCGCCGCGAGACUGGAUGACUCACGCGCCUGGGAUGGCGAAUGGAUCCACCCUCAUAUGGCGAAUCCCCUAUGCGGCCGAUCGAACCGGGAGAGAUGUGCCUUCACACAAUCCAAUGACUGGAUCGUCUUCGCCAUGCAUCGUCAGUAUGUUAGGGCUCUCCGGUCUUCCGAUUGGCUGCCUGGUGAAGCAUGCAUUCGCCAGCGCAACUCUUUCGAGCUGCCUCCUGGAGCAGCCACAUACUCAGGAAGCUCGUUGAGUAUUCCAGAGACCGCGUGGGAGCCGUUCAUCUUCCCCAAUCCUCCCAGGCCGUUUCUGCUCCGCAAUAAGACCUUCAGGUCGGCAGCCAAGACAGUGACACCGUCAUCCAGGCUGAAGGCCGGCUGGACGUUGGGAGGUUCCCAGGACGCGUCCAGCCUCACCAGGGAAGACUGGCUUGACCUUGAGAGGAUGCUCUGGUUCGAGCCUGAGCCUCGGCUGGAGCAACCGUACCGUCUGUACGCCAACUCGAAAACUUGCAUCAAGGGAUCUAUAGGAGAUGUUGGUCACCUGAUGCGGACGGGGUGGUGA